AAAGAAGUAAAAAAAAAAAACUGGGCUGUCGUUCGACGUGAACAUGUUCCGGGCUUCUUGGCUGCGAGCUCAGUGGUGUCGUCCGGCUUGCCCGCCGAGUGGACCUCGCUGAACAACAGAACACCGACACAAGCGCCUUAGCCCCGGGGACAAGCUCUUUUGAAAAAAAAUAUAUAUAUAAUUUUCUUUAUUGGCGUUUCCGCUAAUGCUAAGUACGCUAGCUAGUGUAGCAAGUGAACUUGCCCCCCUUCCCGCUUUGACCUGAUACUCUUCGCGCGACUCUUCAUUUACACCCGGCCGAAGAUAAACUACAUUCGGACUCUUUCGGCGGCUCGCUCGCUCGCUCGGGUUUCGCCGUUUCCGGCCUUCUUCUGGGGCUUGUUGCCGGCUUACGGCGUUCGAGGUCACCCGCGUUCUCCGGCUCCUUAUCAAACCAGGUGGGAAUGAAGAGCCUGCCGUAUUUCUGUCGGGGAGAGGUCAUCCGCGGCUUCGGAAGAGGCAGCAAAGAACUGGGGAUUCCCACAGCCAACUUCCCCGACUGCGUGGUGGAGCACCUCCCGGCCGACAUCGGGACGGGCAUCUACUACGGCUGGGCCUGCGUGGGCAACGGCGACGUUCACAAGAUGGUGAUGAGCAUCGGCUGGAACCCGUACUACAAGAACACCAAGAAGUCGAUGGAGACUCAUGUGAUCCACAAGUUCAAAGAGGACUUCUACGGCGAGACCCUCAGCGUGGUCAUGGUGGGCUACAUCCGUCCGGAGAGAAGCUACGACUCGCUCGAGGCGCUGAUCGCCGCCAUCAACGGCGACAUCGCCGAGGCCAAGGUCCAGCUGGAGCGCCCCGAGCACGUCAAACUGCGGAGCGACAACUUCUUCACUAGCCAUUCCUCUUCCUCCUCCUCUUCGGCGGCGUCCUCCUCCUCGUCCUCCUCCUCCUCUUCGUCACAGACAAUCAUCAACGGACACUGACGCCGAGCGCAGGUGACAGGCUGACUGUUGCCGUGGUGACGCCAUCGUCCUUAAAUUUGUCUUGCGUCGUUCGUCUUGGUGCCGUCUCUGUCUCACACACGCAUGCACACAUUCAGUGGGUCGGGGUCGGGGGUCGCAUGACACUGCAAAGUAAUGACCCCCAAGAAAAGACUGGGCAACGUUGCAUUUUUGCUUCAUUUUUUUUUUUUUUUUAAAGUCAUACCGAGUCCAGUCUACUGGUGGUAUGAGGUCAAAGGUCACCGUUUUACUCACCUGUUUUGUUUGGGCCCGAUUUGCAAACAAAUUACUACAACAAUCGCCUUAUCAAAUUUCCACUUUACACGUCACAUUUUAUUUAUCCAUUUUCUUUGCCGCUUAUCCUCAUGAGGGUCGCGGGGAGCGCUGUGGCCUAUCCCGGCUGUCAACGGGCAGUUGGCGGGGUACACCCUGAACCGGUCACCAGCCAAUCGCAGACAUUUUAUUUAUUCAUGUGAACUACAAUUGUUACAACUUUAGUUUCACACUAUUCCUUAUUUAUUGUCAUAAAACACAUUUAGGCAUAAAAUGCGUUCUCGGAAUCUUUCAUAGAUAACUUUGUUCUUAAAAUAUGCCAGUGGCUUCUUAUAAUUUUUUUUUUUCACUAUAACUACUUUUAAUUCACAAAAAUUACUGUCUGUCCCCCCCCCCAAACACACACACACACAAAUAUUUAAUGAACAUUUUUCAUGCAGCUCGAGCUUGUUGUCCAAUUACAUUUUCUUCAUAAUACAACUCUUUAUGUAAAAAUUAAAAUUCUCUUUUGUAGCGUGCGAGUAUAUUGACGUGUUUUUACUUGCAAAACUGAAUAUCUUCCUUGCCCACCCCCCAAAAAUUGUUUUUGGGAAGUAAAACAAAUGAAAAAUCAAUUAAUGAUUUUUGUUCUUUUCCACAUAAAGAUUGUAAUUAGAAAAAAUGUUUUCUGUUUUUUUUUUUUUUUUUUUUUGCUGUGAAGCCACACAUUUGUGGUAUUUUUUUUUCCAUCAUUUUAAAAAUAUCCAUCCAUUUUCUUUUUUCCGCUUAUCCUCACAAGGGUCGCAGGGAGUGCUGGAGCCUAUCCCAGCCGGGACAAACGGCCACACUCACAAUCACACCGAGGGGCAAUUUUGGAGUGUCCAAUGAAUGUUGCAUGUGUUUGGGAUGUGGGAGGAAACCCACGCAGACACACGGGCGGGCCCCGGGAUUUGAACCCCGGUCCUCAGAACAUUGAGGCCAACGCUUUACUAUUGCUAUUAUGUAAUUUUGUAUGAAAAAGUACAUCUUAUUUUCAUGUAAAUGAUAAACUUUCACAUAAAAUAACCUUCCUUAUAAAGAAAAAAAUAUAUGCAUUUAUUCAGUUAACAUUUUCUUCCAUUAAAAAAACAUUUUUUCUUUUCAUUCAAAUUAGUUUUCUUCAAAAGGAAUUCAAAAGUCCCAAAACUUAAUUUAUCUUUUUUCUUUUUCCACUUAAAAUGAUUGAAAAACUUUUGUCCAUAAAAUUUUUUAACACAUGAAAAUAGUUUUCACAUAAAAUUAUUUUGCUCAAGCAUCUUUCAUGUAAAGUUGUUUUCACCCUAAAGCAUGAUUUGCUUGGUUAUUUUUGUGUAUUAAAUGUCCCACAUCUUAUUUUUCACACAAAAAUAUGGUAUAACUUUAUAUAUCUAUAUAAAGCCAUUUGCUGCAAAAAUAAGUUAUUUUAUUUCCAUAAAAGGGCAACUUUUCCCCUGAUUCUGAUAUUUGUGGGUGAAAAAAAAAAUGACGAGGUUCUUCCCAAAGGCACUAAUACAUCAUUUAAAUUAAAAAGGUGGUUCAAAUUUAGCCAGUCGCACAACAUCGUCCAAUAAAGACCGAAGCUCAGUCCACUCAUACAUUUUUUUGCAUCACGUCAUGUAUAUUACAGUUAAGUACAUUCUAUAUGUAUAUACAUGUGCUACAACUCAAUCAAUUUAUUGUCUCUGUACUGUUGGGGAGUAAAUUAUUUGGAAUAUUUGUACAAUAACUUGUGAAUAUAAUGUGAUUCAUCCUGUAAACAGUUAAUUUUGCGCUCGUUCAAAUAUUUGUGUCAAAAAAAGGACAACUGGAAGCAGGUCAAUGUUACUUAUCAUCACAAUUAUAAAUGAAAUGUUGAAAGAAGAAGUGCUGUCCUUCCUCUCUUUCAUAGCAUUUCAUCCAAUAAAUCAUGCAACGAUAAUUACAAGUAUUGGGAAAUGAGUUUUGAAAUGGAGCGUUUUAUCGACACAGUCACGGGGCCGAAAGGGUCGUGACCUCGUUCCUACAUCCGCGGGCGGCUUGCGAUCCGGGUGUCUUGCCCAAGGACACAGCGCGAGCGGGAUUGAACCGGGCAACCUUUGAUCACUGGGCACACGUAUCGUAUAUUUUCCCCACAGCUCAGUGGGUAGAGCAUUGGCUUGGUUGUGAGUUCGUAUCCCACUGGGGCCUCAACUCCCCAAAAGAUGCCGUCUGGUAUUUAAAAACUGUCCCAACCAAAUAUGAGGGUUCAUCUGAGGUGGUGCGCUGUGGCGACCCCAAACUGGACAAGCUGAAAGAAAUUUAUUAUAUAU